AAUUGAUCGAAAGCUUGAUUCAAGUUCACCUUCUUCUUCUUACUUGUACUCGUACUCGUAGGCUUGACAAGAGAAUGUCUGGGGACAGUAUUGUAGUGGUAGAUGAUUAUCAGAACGGCUCUCCUCCUUUACAGAUCAAGACGACAGAAGACUCUCCCCCUAGCCCUAGCUCCAGAGGUGACAACAGAGAUUCUUGGAAGAGAUCAAGGAGUAGAAGUCCUGUUAACCGACAAAAACUCUACGAGUCUGAAGGGACUAAUACUACUAGCAAUCACCCCGACUUACAAAAGGCUAGACUCUUUGUAGGAAAUGUUGAUCAUCGAAUAAACCGAUCUGAGUUGAGGAAGGCAUUUUCCCGGUAUGGAAAUGUUUUGGGUGUUUCAAUUCACAAAGGAUUUGCUUUUGUUCAACUUGACAACGAACGAGAGGCCAAGAAUGCUAUAAUUGGCGAGGAUAAUCGAGUACUCAAUGGCUCUAGGCUUCAUGUGGAGUUCUCUCAAGCUGCAAAAAAAGCUGGAGCAAAAUAUAAAGAAGUAGAAGAUCAAAUUGCAGAAAUCAGGAGGAGGGCAUCACCACCACCAGCAUCCAAAGGGCAAAGUAAGGGCUCAUAUGCUGAUGAUCUGAAAGACAGAGAAACCAAGCUCAGUAGGUUGUUAGCAAUGGAGAAAGAACUUGCUUAUUAUCGGUCUCACGAUCGCUAUUCUCGACCUUCUGACUACUACGAUCGUCGAGGUCGCCGUGACUACUCACCCCCACCUAGAGACUACAAUCGGGGUAGUUUUGACCGCAGAGACCACCACCUCUAUAGUCGCCCAAGCCCACCUUUGUCACCUACGCCAAAAUUGAGCACAGGAGGCUAUCGCGACUCCUACCCACCCAAAGGCAGGCAGCCCUCUAGCUACGAGUCCCGUGAUUAUGCAUAUGGAAGGAGUGGGGGUGAAUUAAGUGUUGGAUAUGGCGGAAGCUCUGGAGGUCGCAUAAGUAGUGACAAAUCUCCUGGAGGACCACCUCUUGGUUGGCCCACUGGUUUCAGCAAAUCUAACCCCAACCAACGUCCCUUCUCUAGCAACAGUUCCUGGAAGUAAUGCUUCUCUUGAUGUGACUCUGAAUAUUAUAAUGACUGUGUGAAACUUCUUAUGUAAAUACUUGCCACUGUUGCUUGCCCUUUGCAAUUGCUUAUUAAUUUUACACUUUCAGCAAAAUAAACAGCUUCUUAAAUUCGAA